ACCUCUCUUUCUUUAAUUAAAGCAAGCUUUUUUUUAUAUUUGUACACCUAAAUAUAUAUUUUUUACACCUUCCACACUAUAACUUUUUCCAUCAUGGUUCGUGUUUGCACCCUUUCACUCCUGGCCGCACUCAGCUUUCUGGCAUCCUCAUACUCCACGACAAUGGCGCGCGCCGAGAGACAACACGUCCUGCAGCAGCACCAACAUAACAGCAGCACAAAUGGCAUCCAAAGCAUCGACAAUGAAACCAUCUGCUCAAUGAACACAUCCGGAGACCAAACCUGCUACCCGCGCAUAUUUGUGGCAACCAAGGAGUUUCAAAUAAUCCAGCUGGGCCAAGACAUCCCCCCAGGCCUGCACGUGCAAAUAGACAUGACUACGGGCGAACGGCGAGCACGCCUCAUGGACGAAGCCGACACCGACGCAAAAGCGCUGGCAAUAGUGCCAGACAAAGAAGACGAAGACAAAUCGCAAUUGCCGCUGCCGCCGCCAUCGCAUCCCAGCAUGAGCCUGGCAUAUAACACCAAGAUGCAGGAGUACAUCGACCGGCUGGUUUCCACCGCAAAUGCACCACCGGACCGCACACAGACAGACUCUCUGAUGCAAGUCCUUGGGGAGCUCGAGGACUUGGUGCAUGAGACACGGCAUGCCGAGCAGCUUCUGCGCGACCCCGGUGCAGUGAGUGCAUUCCUGCGGCUCAGCGACCCCAGCGCAUCAUCAAUGCCCUGGCCCUCCACCGUGCGCCGUCUCUCCUCCAUGGUUCUCGGCGCCUCCGUGCAGAACAACUACAAGCUGCAGGAUAUUGCCUUCCGCGCUAACGCUAUUCCCUCGCUUCUGCGCGCCAUGUCCGUGGAUUCUGACCUGCGCACUGCCGGUAAGCAUAUAUUUGCUCUCUCUGCGUUGGUGCGCGGUCACGCCGGCGCCCUGGUGCAGUUUGCGGAUCGUGGCGGUCUGCGCCUCCUGCGCGACCUCAACCCUAUGGCUGCCGCUGUCAACGACGACAACGAGUAUGAGGCGCGCAGACUGGAUCUGCGCAUUGUGCGCUUUAUCGAGGACCUGUUCAACCCCGAGUUCAACCCCGAGGUGCCCCGCGAUGCUGCCAGCUUGGUUGCCCAGAACGCUGCCACUUGGUGCAAUACCCUGGCUGUGCGGUUGAUUGACAGUCUGGAGGAUGUUGAGGUUGAGAGGGGCGCGGGAGCGGCUGCGUCAAAGUAUGUACGCCGCUCGGCGUAUGCGCGCGCACUGCAGUCACUGAGGGCGGGGUACCCAGCGACCUGUGUGACGUCGGCAGAGCUCAAGCACUGGCUGCAGGAUGAGAUCGCUCGUGUGCCGAAAUCUGACGACGAGAGCGCUGAGGAGUACCGCCAAGCGCUGACCGAGCUCGACUACUAACAAACCAUUUGUAAUUUUUCUUUUAUUAAAGAUGCUCAAUAAUAAUAUAAACUUGCGUUUU